GGGAAAAAGAUAGUAAUAAGAUAAACUUGAUAAAUAGUUUUAUCAACAUCAUGAAUCAUUUAAUAACAUUAUUUUUUAUAUUACAUGCAUCAAAAUGCAUUCUGGGUGCUGUUGAAUUAAAAGAUCCAACACAAGCUUCGUGUUUUCAAUUUACAUGGCUGAGACCAGAGUAUGAUGACAAUGCAAAUUCAACAAUAAAUUGUUCAUCAUUAAUGCACACACCAUGUGUUAAACCAUUUAUAUACACAAAUGAUUCAACACCACCAAAUGUCAGCUACAUGUGGCAGGAAGAAAAUAGAAAUGAAAUAUCUUGUUCAAUGAGAUCAGACUAUGUUUGCAUCAAGUACAGUUAUAUUUACAAUCAAGCAGUUGUUAAUACAACUUACUUUUGUGGAAAAAUGACAGAGGAUAAAAAAAUACCUCUUACUGAUGGAUGUUAUACGCAAAAUGUUGAUGGUUACACUGUUGAAACUUGUGCCUGCAAAUCUGAUGGAGGACAACAGCCAUGUAAUUCUUCUAAUCAAAUGACUGUAAAAUUUCGAAAUUUUAUUUCUUGUCAAUUAUUUAUUCUUGGAAUUGUUAUCAACAUAUUUUUAUAAUUAAUAAAUAUAAUUACAAUAAAUAAACUAAUUAAUUAAAGCAUUUAAAUUUGUAAAAAAAAAAAAAACUUUUAAAUAAAGUUCUUUUAUUUUUUUUUCUAUAAAAAAU